GUAAACCUUAUAAACGACAAUAAACAGCAUUUGGCACUACUGUACAGCUCAGUGGUCCCAGUGCCAUCUUGCAAGGUUUAUUUUGUUGUUGCGGUUGACGUGAAACUAUACAAGACGUAAUUUCAUCACAAGUGCUUGUUUUAAUUUUAAUAACUAUUUUCGUGCUGUUGGGGAUUGGGCUUGAAUAUGCACAACAUGAAAACCGAGGCUGGUACGAUUGAUCAUCGCUCUAAUGGAGCUCAUGGGUCAGAGCGUGUUGCUAUAUUAGAUGCGGGUGCUCAGUAUGGCAAAAUAAUUGACAGAAAAGUCAGAGAGUUGUAUGUGGAAAGUGACAUUCUUCCACUUGACACAUCAGCUGACAUUUUAAGAGACAAGGGAUAUAAGGCUGUUAUAAUAUCUGGUGGCCCUAAUUCAGUGUAUGCUGAGGAUGCUCCAACAUAUGAUCCAGUAAUCUUCAGGAUAGGAAUUCCAGUUCUUGGUAUCUGUUAUGGCAUGCAAAUGUUAAACAAAGAAUUUGGUGGACAAGUUGAAAGGAAAGAGGGUCGUGAAGAUGGGCAGUUUGAUAUUGAGGUUGAUCCAACUUGCCUCUUAUUCAAGGGCUUAGAAAAUGUUCAGUCUGUUUUGCUUACACACGGCGACAGUAUACACAAAGUUGCUGAUCAAUUCAAGGUGGUGUCGAGGUCAUCGAACUUUGUGGCUGGUAUUGCGAAUGAAAAGUUGAGAUUGUAUGGUGUACAAUUCCACCCAGAGGUUGACCUCUCAGUGAAUGGAAAUGCAAUGUUAAAAAAUUUCCUGUUUGACAUCAGUGGACUAACAGGGUCCUUUACAAUUCAAGGAAGAGAGCUGGAAUGCCUAAAUUACAUCAAACAAACAGUUGGAAAUAACAAAGUUUUGCUUCUUGUCAGUGGUGGUGUAGAUUCCACAGUAUGUGCUGCCCUGCUGCAUAAAGCUCUCCACAAAGACCAAGUGAUUGCCGUUCAUAUUGAUAAUGGUUUUAUGCGCAAAAAUGAGAGUAUGCUUGUGGAGCAGUCUCUCAAAAGGCUUGGUUUGGAUCUAAAAGUUAUUGAUGCUGGCUACAAGUUCAAAUACGGUUCCACCAACAUACCUAUGGACCAGAGAGAGCCUAAUGUAAGAAGUCCUGCUUUUAAAGUUACUAAAAUUCUUUGUCAAACAACUGCACCAGAAGAAAAGAGAAAGAUUAUUGGUGAUGUAUUUGCCAAAAUUGCUCAGGAAGUAGUUGAAGAAAUGAAUUUGAGGCCCGAGGAUGUUUUUCUUGGCCAAGGAACCUUGAGACCUGAUCUUAUUGAAUCUGCAUCUUCAGUGGUAAGCUCAAAAGCUCAGGUAAUUAAGACACAUCACAAUGAUACAGAGCUCAUAAGACAGUUGAGAGACCAGGGUCGUGUUGUAGAGCCACUGAAAGACUUCCAUAAAGACGAAGUUAGACAGUUGGGAAGGGAUCUUGACCUGCCCUCAGACUUGCUUAUGAGGCAUCCAUUCCCUGGACCAGGAUUGGCCAUUCGUGUUCUUUGCGCUGAAGAACCCUACAUGGAACAAGACUUUUCAGAAACACAGGUUCUGGUUAAGAUCAUAGUUGGAUAUAAUCAAAUGGUUAAAAAAAGCCAUGCCUUAUUAAACAGAGUUGAAAGUGCAACGUCUGCUGAUGAACGCGCAGUUCUACAAAGAGUUUCAAGUAAACAGAAAUUAGCAGCAACACUCUUACCCAUUAGAAGUGUCGGUGUGCAGGGUGACUGCCGUUCUUACAGCUAUGUUGUUGGCAUUUCUUCUGACCAAAGUCCCGACUGGGAUGACAUGAUAUUCCUAGCAAAGCUGAUUCCACGAGUGUGUCAUAAUAUUAACAGAGUUUGCUACGUGUAUGGAGGAAUCGUCAAAGAUGCUGUGUCAGAUAUAACAUCAACCUGUCUCACUUCAAAUGUUUUAAGCACACUUCGGCAAGCUGAUUACCUUGCUACUCAGGUCUUAACAUCCUCAAAUUGCAUGCAUACAUUGAGUCAAAUGCCAGUUGUUUUAAUUCCUGUACACUUUGAUCGGGAUUCAGUAAACAGAACACCUUCUUGUCAGCGUUCUGUCGUCUUAAGGCCGUUUGUUACUCAAGAUUUUAUGACUGGUGUUCCUGCUAUUCCAGGAAAGCAUUUACCUGUGGAGGUUGUGGAAAGAAUGGUUCAAGAAAUUCAAGGUGUUCCCGGAAUUUCAAGAGUCCUCUACGAUUUGACAUCGAAGCCGCCAGGGACCACUGAAUGGGAAUGAAAUUCUCAAGUUUUAGCUCAGCAGUGUUGUUGGCAUUGUCGCUCACUGCACCCUGCACUACCAUGUGUACUGAAAGGUGUGGAAUACUGUUAUAUGCAACCUGGAAGUCCACUUGUCCACUGCUUUAACCUUGGGACCUAUUUGGUCCUACUAAUCAAUUUGUGCAAAUUCAGAAUGAAAUGCCAUUUGCCUAUUCAUAGUGUGUUAAAACAUGCAAUGAUAAAUCAUGAUCUUCAACCAUGGCAGCCAGGGAUCUAUUUUAUUCAUAAAACCUUUGACGCCUGAGGGUUUAAAUCUGUUAUUGAUCCAUGUAAAAUCAUUAUUGUAUAUGCUCGUGUUUCUGAUUUUAUGUACUUUGUACCAUGUUCUCUCCAAUGAAAUUAUUCCUGGUUAGUGAGAAAUUUAUUAUAA